AUGGGAUGGAGGUUAAUUGUGCUGGGUAUAGUGACGUUGGGUUCGCUGUAUACGCUGCACCUGUUGGCGCAGGACUUUAUGAAACUAUCCAAACCGCUGUUCAUGGCGUCGGGAAAACGAGAUGCUGGGCCCAGUUUGUCCUACAACCGAACAGCUGCUUUAAUGGACUUUGAAACGAAAAUCAACUGGAAUAAAGUACUGCAGACCGAUCCGCUCAAGUGUGCCCUGUCGCUUAUCUGCCAACUAGCCGCCGGGGCAGAGUCACAAAACGAACAGGCUGCAGUUAUUUAUGAAUUUGUUGCAUUUAGCGUGGAAAACAGUAAAACGGUACCUAAGCCGCUGAAGGAAUCCUUCGAGAAUGGACUGAAAUACAACGACGACCUGACGACGGCGAAGGAUAACUACCGGAAGUGCUACCGACGGUAUCCGCUCUGUCUGUACUCCGCGCGGACCAUGCUGCGAAUCAUGAGCCUGUUCGGGUCGGAACGAUGA